CAUUGGAUGAAAUUAUCCGAGGAUUUUAAAAAGAUUUUAGUAAAUUCAAGGCUUGAAUUAAUUUUAACAAGGAAAAAUGUUGAUCCAAUAAAAAAGUUGUUGGGUCAACAUUAUCAACAACAACUAUUGCACUGGAAAUUAAAAAAAAAAGUCUGGAAAAUCUCACUUGUGAGCGUAGAUAAAAACGAAAGAUUGAAGUUAAUGAAAAAUAUAGAAAAAGAAAAAAGGUUUUUUAUUCCGUUUAGAUCAUACGAAACAUAUGAAUAUCCUCAAUUUGGUGACUCGAAAAAAGUUGUUUGAAAUUUGAAAACCGCUUCAAAGUUGGAAAAACCGAGAUAUGUUUUAAUUGGAUUACAGAAAAAUAGCGAAAAUUAUAGUAAAUUUGAGCAUUGUAAUUUAAUAAACGUUAAAGUAUAUUUGAAUUCUGUUAUGUAUCCGUAUAAAGAUUUGAAUUUAGAUUUUA